UGUCUGCGGCUAGACACAUUUACAGGCGAUGCCGGGGAGGGAGGCGCACGAACCGUGGGAUCCGGCGGCAGUGAGGGGAAUCGGCCCCGGCCGCCCCGCCUCUAGCCCGUCCUCUCCGCCGCAGGUGCCGGUGGACAGCGCGGAGGAGGGGAAGCGGACCCUCGCAGGGGCCGUGGAUCUGGCCGCCCAGAAGCGUGAACAGAGGCUGCGCAAGUUCCGGGAGCUGCACCUGAAGCGGAAUGAAGCUCGAAAGUUAAACCACCAGGAAGUUGUGGAGGAAGAUAAAAGACUUAAAUUACCUGCAAACUGGGAAGUUAAAAAAGCUCGUCUGGAAUGGGAGCUGCAGGAAGAAGAAAAGAAAAAAGAAUGUGCGGCAAGAGGGGAGGACUAUGAGAAAGUGAAGCUGCUGGAGAUCAGUGCAGAAGAUGCAGAAAGAUGGGAGAGGAAGAAGAGGAGGAAAAACCCCGACCUGGGGUUCUCAGACUAUGCUGCUGCCCAGUUACGCCAGUAUCAUCGGCUGACCAAGCAGAUCAAACCUAACAUGGAAACUUAUGAAAGACUGAGAGAAAAACAGGGAGAGGAGUUCUACCCAACAUCCAACAGUCUUCUUCAUGGAACCCAUGUGCCCUCCACAGAGGAAAUUGAUAGGAUGGUCAUAGACUUGGAAAAGCAAAUUGAAAAACGAGACAAGUAUAGUCGGAGACGUCCUUAUAAUGAUGAUGCAGAUAUUGACUACAUUAAUGAAAGGAAUGCCAAAUUCAACAAGAAAGCAGAAAGGUUCUAUGGGAAAUAUACAGCUGAAAUUAAACAGAAUUUAGAGAGGGGAACAGCAGUCUAAUCUCCUUUGGGAACUCUUCUGACUGCCAAAUUCUAACAGUAAACCGGGACUAUUACCUUUUAUAACUUG